AUGCCUUACUUAAAAACAAAAAGUAAGCGGGAGAAACUCAAGAAAACUGGCGUGCCUACACAGGUGCAAAGAAUUUUUCACUUCUGGUACCAAAACCAGAAUAAUUUUGUAAGAUGGGCAAACACCUUCUCAGACACGUACAGGUUGGAGUGUGGGGUGAGGCAAGGUGGUUUAAGUUCUCCCAAGCUCUUCAACCUGUACGUUAAUGAGCUUAUAGUUGGGCUCAGCAGCACUCGAGUAGGAUGCUGGAUUGACAACAUUUGUAUGAACAACUUUAGUUACGCGGAUGACAUGGUGCUGCUGACCCCAACUGUAAGUGCAAUGAGGCAGUUGCUCGCAAUAUGUGAAGCAUAUAGCAUUCAACAUGGUUUGAUGUACAAUGCUAAGAAGAGCGAGUACAUGGUCUUCAAGGCCCCCGGUAAAUGUACACUAAAUGUGCCCGCAAUAAAGCUAAAUGGCAUUGAACUAAAGCGGGUUGACAAGUUCAAAUAUCUCGGACAUUACGUUACUGAGGACCUUGAGGACAAAGUUGACAUGGAAAGGGAACGUAGAGCAUUGGCGGUUCGAAGUAACAUGCUGGCCCGCAGGUUUGUGCGUUGUAGUGAACAAGUUAAAGUCACACUUUUUAAAGCCUACUGCCAGACUUUCUACACGUGCAGCCUGUGGUUCAGAUAUACACAGAGAACGCUCAAUGCCCUACGUGUCCAAUAUAAUAACGGAUUUAGGAUGUUGUUGGGGUUGCCCCGUUUCUGCAGUGCCUCCGGUAUGUUUGCGGAAGCCAGGGUAGACGGCUUCCAUGCUAUAAUACGCAAGCGGCUCGCAUCAUUACUGAGCAGAGUCAGGAGCAGCACCAACAGCAUCCUACAGGUUAUUGCGGAAAAGCAAGACUCAAACGUCCUGAAAGCAUUUAUACGUGCUCAAAUUUUGUAAACUGGUUUUUGUAUGUUUUUAUGUAUGGACAUUGGUCUGAAAUAAAGAUUAUAUUAUUAUUAUUUUGUAUGUCUCUACCAGACCUCGGGACUACAGAGUCCCGGAUUUUUGGGAGGCGAACGUGGGGCCGAAGCCAACACGCUGAAGCCCUUUUGAGACAACUUUAAUGAAAUGGUGACACAAAACCGACGAUAAUCCCCGUAUACACUAUAGAAAUGUACCCAAGGACAAUCCCCGGUUCUGUGCUAAACUAUUGCUAACUAUGGAUGAAAACUACUUGGGCUAUUGUGAUGGGAUGCUAGUGGACUAGGAAUGGGGAAACUACGGGAACUAUGGCACCUGCCGAUAACAAUGUAAUAAAUACACGUAAAAAUGGCAGGUGGAGACUCGCCAACUCACUUACUGGGCCCCCGGGAAUCAGUCGCUAAAUCGCAACAAGGGGGCAACAGGUACAUGAGCGGCUGAGAAGGGUGAGGAUACCUCGGCGGACUUUAAACGCAGAUCACGCGCUCCCUGUGGGUCCAGCAUCACCGGCCCACUCGCCACUUACCACGAGGCACCUACCCUCCGAGCAUUGCUCUAGCGACUCCACUCUGACCGGCCGGUGAAGGCAAGCCAAGAGGCGGGAGACCUAUCCCCCGUCAUGCUUCACUCCGGCAAGCCGGAGAUGGGGGACAGUAUACUCUCCCUGGAGCACUCGGAUAUAUAUAGCCCCGCGGGGUCGCUACUCCCCGUCAUCCGCCUCAGAUGCCCUGCG